GGUAAAUUGCCUACUCAAAACAUACUUAUAUUUCAGCUGGGUUAACCGGUUGAUGUAUUUUGUUUUCGGCGCUCUACUUCGGCCAGCGUGUGGGCGGUCAUCGGUUUUCACGAAUUGUACUAAGUCGGUUUUUAGCUCGAGAAGCCGUUUUCUCAGAACCCUUUCCUGUCCGUCUCUACAUCACAUUCGACUUAUGUCUGCUGGAGCAUCGAAUAGUUUUGUGCUACGUCGACAUAAUGAUAUCCACAAAAGUCCAGAGGAUCAAAGAGAGUAUCGUGGACUAGAACUAGUGAAUGGCUUGAAAGUUUUCCUUGUGUCUGAUCCCACAACAGACAAAUCAGCUGCAGCAAUGGACGUCAAUGUUGGGCAUCUAAUGGAUCCGUGGGAACUACCAGGUCUUGCGCAUUUCUGCGAGCACAUGCUAUUCCUAGGCACUGAUAAAUAUCCAUCGGAGAAUGAGUACAGCAAGUUUAUUUCUGCCAACGCUGGGAACACCAACGCUUACACCGCAGCCGAUCACACCAACUACCAUUUUGAUAUUAAACCAGAUCAGCUCCAGGGUGCCCUUGAUCGUUUUGUGCAAUUCUUUUUAGCCCCACAGUUCACUGAAAGUGCGACAGAACGGGAAAGUGAUGGUUGGAGGAAACUCCAAGUGGAAAGGUACCUUUCCAAACCUGGUCACGAUUACGGAAAAUUUGGAACCGGUAACAAGAAAACUCUGAUGGAUGACGCUCGUGAGAAGGGUAUCGAACCUCGCGAAGCAUUACUUAAAUUCCACAAAGAGUGGUAUAGCUCAAACUUGAUGUCACUUUGUAUCGUGGGUGCCGAACCGCUUGAUGAGAUGGAAGCAAGCUUGGGGACACUUGGUUUUGACGCUAUUUUGAACAAAAACGUGGAAAGUAAAGAGUGGCACGACAGUCCUUACGGAGAGGAGCAACUGAGAAAGAGGGUUGAGAUCGUUCCCAUCAAGGAUUCUCGUAGUCUCAAUAUUCGCUUUCCAAUACCCGAUCUUACGGAAGAAUAUAAAUCUAAUCCAGCACAUUAUAUAUCACAUUUGCUCGGUCAUGAAGGGAAGGGAUCUUUAUUGUCGGAGCUCAAACGGCUGGGUUGGGUUAGCUCCCUCUCGGCUGGUGAGAGUACGUUAGCGAAAGGUUUCUCUGCAUUCGACAUCCAUGUUGAUUUGAGCAUUGAUGGCCUCAAUCAUGCUGAAGAUAUUGUUGCAUUAGUUUUUUCUUACAUUGGUUUGUUAAAGCGAACAGGAGCUGAAGCAUGGGUGCAAGAAGAGUUGAAAGAGCUGGGAGAGAUCAAAUUCCGUUUCAAGGACAAGGAGAAUCCAUUGUCGUUGGCGACAAAAGUGGCUUCCGAAAUGAGGCUCGUUGCGAUGGAAGACGUCUUAGGAUGGCGCUAUCUGAUGUCGGAAUUCAAGCCUGAUCGAAUAAUGGAACUAAUGGACAUGCUAACGCCAGAAAAAAUGUUCUAUGCCGUUGUGGCAAAACAGUUUGCAGGGCAAGAGGGAAACAUCGAAGAGCCAGUGUAUGGCACAGAAAUGCGAGUGAUAGACAUCGACGAGAGCACAAUGGAGCGUUUUAGUGAAGCGCUAAAUACGCCACACCCAGCUCUGCAUAUGCCCAAUAAGAAUGAGUAUAUACCCACGAUAUUUGACCAAAAACCUAGGGAGGAUCUGAAGAGUGAACACCCACGCAUGAUCCAUGACGACGUGUGGUCUCGUGUAUGGUUUAAGCAAGAUGAUGAGUACAAGCUUCCGAAAAUGAUUACAUGGGUAGCUGUCACUGCGCCGAUAAUAGGAGCAGAUCCGCUCACGACUAUGCUGUCCUCGAUGUAUCUUUGGUGUCUGAAUGAUGCUUUAGCUGAAGAAACAUAUAACGCUGAAUUGGCUGGUCUUAAGUUCCAGCUCGAACUUACGAAUUAUGGAUUGAAUCUGAAGGUCAGUGGAUAUGAUGAAAAGCAACCCUUGUUUGUAGAGCACUUAGUGAAGCGAUUGACGACUUUCAAACCAGAUCCACUGCGCUAUGAAGUUCUCUUCGAUGCUAUCAAACGAGCGCUUGAGAAUUUUGCUCACUCACAGCCGUAUACACUUUCUCAGCACUAUGUUCAGUUAUUGCUCAGUGACAAGUUUUGGAGCAAGGAACAGUUGCUUGCGGUCUGUAAAGAUAUGACAUUGCAAGACGUAGAGAAGUUUGGGAAGGAAAUGUUCCAUGCAUUCCAUGUUGAACUUUUUGUACAUGGGAAUGCCACUGAGAAGGAAGCGCUCAGCCUUGGUGAAGUGGUGACAAAAACAUUACGGGAUAUGUCCAAGUGUCGGCCAUUGUUCAGAAACGAACAUAUGUUGUUACGUGAACAUGCGUUGGAGUACGGUAAUGCAUAUCUCUACCGUCAUUUCCAGGACACUCAUGAAGUGUCGUGUGCGGAAGUGAUAUAUCAAGCUGGCAUUCAGUCAACUAAAGAGAACUCGUUGGUGGAACUACUUGCCCAGCUUCUCAAAGAACCGGCAUUCAACCAAUUACGAACUGUGGAACAGCUAGGAUAUAUUGUCUGGACUGGGCCAAGACUUAGUUCCGGUACACUUGCUUUGCAAGUUAUAGUGCAAGGUCCCAAAAAUCCGGACUUCGUUUUGGAUCGCAUAGAAGCAUUUAUCGAGAAGAUUCGAGCUACUAUCGAGGAAAUGCCUGACGAGGAAUUCCAGCAACAAGUUGCUGGCCUUAUAACACGAUUGCUUGAAAAACCGAAGACAUUAGGAGGAAGAUCGAGAAGAUUUUGGAGCGAAAUCGAGUGCAAAAUGUAUGACUUUGAUAGAUAUGAAUCCGAAGUCGCGGUGCUGCGUGAUGUGACUAAGGAAGAGCUGCUGCAAUAUUUCGAUAGGAAAUUUGGCAAAUCUGCGCCGGAAAGGAGAAUGAUUGCUGUUUAUGUACAUGGUAAAGAUGAAUCCAAGGAUGGGAUGAUAGAAAAGAUAAGAUCGAAAAGAGAAAUCAGUUCGGAAGGGACUCAGUUGGAAGAGAUUGAAUGCAUGGAACAAUUCCGUCAAACAUUAUCGCUUUAUGGUCGUCCACGACCGAAACUGAACCUUCCACCAAUUGGUGCCGAACCUUUAGGAAAGGGUUUCGAUAAUGUGAAAGCCAAGUAAUUCCUCUGCACAUGACCAUUUUCUUCUUUACCUCUACGGUACAGUUUGCAAUUCAAUUUAUACUACCAUCUAUCCUCUUCACUUUUGACAAGCAUCCAUAGAAGAGUUAGUAGCUAUCAGUAGUCAUGAAUAUGCGGUGGAAAUGCUUUUGGUCUCGUAACCCUUCUCUAUAUCGUGAACUCAGAAAUCAUUGUUGCUAUCAUAGUUAUCGUACAUUCAUGAGACUUUCAUAGAGCAGGUUUUCACUCUUAUUUAUUGAGAGAAGAGCUUCUUCAUGCUGGACAAGAUAUUUACGGCUCACUAUUCAGCUGUCUCGUAGUCAACAAGUCAUAAAGGAUCGGAUAGCUCAAUUCAAAGUGCUUUUCAUUUCCCAGAAUACCAGUCAGUAUGUUCAUAACUUGCAGCACUUUGAGAUUAUCUGACAACUACAUUUUUCUACUAGAGACUUUUUCUUUCCAUGCUGUCAUUUCUGCGCCAAUGUUUCUCUCUAUUUUCGAGUUGAAGUUGCUAGGCUGCCAUUUUUCAGAUUUAUAGUCCUUUCAUAGUAAGUGACCAUGACGUUCUUGUCGCAGACAUUGUUGUUGUUCCAGGUUUUAUGGGGUUUGUGUGCUGAUUUGUUGAAUCUUGUCAGUUUUUGCAAUAAAAGGUAGGC